CCCUCACUUCUUUGCUACCACACAGCCCUCUCUUCGACAACAGGUACCAACGCUCGUCAAGUGAGGCCUUUGACAUCUGCCAUCACCCCAGAUCCUCGAACUCGAUACCCAUCGGACCCACCGCUCGCACAACUGCCUCGCCACCUCCACGAUGCUGCGUAAGACGAAGCAGCAGAUUGCCCACACGUCGAUGAUGCCGGCGCUGGGCAAUCGGGACCUCCGUUCACUACAGGAGCUCAUCAACUCGGAAAAGGCCUUCAUCAAGGCAGACUCCAACAGCUCGACUGCCUGGCAGACAACUACAAAUGCGCUCAAGGCCUGGAGUGAAGGUGAAGGAGAAGAUCUCGCAGACGUCCUCUCGAAGUUGUCCUUGUUGUUCGGCCACUACAGCGCCGCCCACACCCGCUUCGACAACCACCUCUCCACGCUCCGUCUUCACUUCAAGUCGAUCCGCACGCGCGAAGAGGGCCUCGCAGACCUCAAGUCUCGUAAGCGCAACCUAGCCUCCAAGAUCGAAAGCGUGGAGCGCAAGUUGUCCAAGAUGGGACCUGAGAAUAAGGAGCUGCUCAAGACGACCACUCAGCUCAAGGAGCACCGUGCCGAGAUGGAGAGCCUCAAGAUUGAGGUCAUGACCGAGGAGGCGGCCAUCGGGGACUUUAAGAGGCGCACAUCAAAGGAGGCAAUGGGACUCAAGUGCGGCGGAAUGAUGGAGCUGGCGGAGAAGUUGACAAUUGUGGCUGAAGUGGGCAAGUUGAUGAUUGAUGAGAUCUCCCUCGAACCGACGAAGCCAGGGUUGCCUCGCGCGGAGUAUCAGGGUCAUACCAGGACGGAUCAACUUCUUUCUGAAGCGACUCGAUCGCUAGCAGACGUCGGCUUUGCGCCUUCGAGUGGUGGGCCCGCAGCUGGUGGUGCUGGUCAUCGACCGGAUCUCUCGCACUACGAAAGCAACUAUGGUGGCCCUGCCGGCGACGACACGUACAACUCGGGCAUGCAGCAUUCGCGAGACUCGACAGGCAAUUACGGGACAGGGGCUGGUGCAGGCGGCACAUAUAAUCGAGCAGGUGACGACGACGCCUACGAUGCCUACGCUGGCAACAAUACGUACAACGCUGCGGCCGACUACAGCGGUACGCCCAUUUACGCCAGCCAUCAAACGACUCAGCCUUGGCUUACCUCGAGCGCCGAUGCCGGAUCGCAGCGCGGUGAGGCACAGCCUAGCGCGACGACCGCAGCCGGGGAAGGAGGUCCGACGCCAACGGGCGAGCAGGAUGACUGGGCCCGCACGGCUGACGCGGCAGUCUCUGGUGCAGGAGCUGCAGUCGACGGCAGCCAUCAUAGCCACGGCCCGGAGCACGAGGGCAAUGAUCGCCUGGCCGACGGUCUCCCGGACCCUUCGCAGCCAUGGAGGAGCUCAGGUUUGGUAGGAGGGCCAAGGAGCAGGACCUCCUCCUACCAAGCAGCCGCUGGCGCACCUCCGCGCGGCCCAUCCACACCUCCUCCCAACGAGCAAAUGCAGAAUAUGCAACUCGACUCCUCCUCACCAGCGGCGCCCAGUCUGCCACCUUUGCGAGCGACCACGCCCUUGCCCGGCGGCGGUUCCGGCCCACCCGCAAUGGCCUCCGGGACUCCUGCCACCCCACAACAGCAGCAGCAAGCCCUCGAUGAUGAGUCCUACUUUGCCUCUGUCGGCUCAACACGCGCCGCCCAAGCAGCAGCACGACGUCCGACCUCUCCAGCUGCAGGAAACAGGUACAGUGCCAUGAUGUCGAAUAGCGCUUCAACGAACAGCCUCGCAGCCAUGGGGGCUACAGCGGCUUCGCAGCAGAACACGGGCUCGACACCUGGCCUGGGCCCUGCCCAAGAGCCGACAGAGUCUGGAGGGGGCCGCAAGAUGACCGCGGCCGCCUUCCGCAAGGGAUUCAACCGCAAUCCCUCGGCCAAUCACCAGAGCAUGCCUAGCCCAGCAACGGAGAAUGCCCCCUCCUUCAGUGGCGGGCGCGAAGGGGCCUCAUCACCCGCACCAGGCGUGGCACCGCUAGCUAUCCGUAAGAGACACAGCGCUGUACCUGACGAGGAGGUGGGCGACGAGGAGGCUGUCCCACCAUAUGCGCCUGGAGGGGCUGGUGGGCCAGCGCCCAGUGGCCCGCAGCAGCAGAACCCGUAUCACCAGCAGCCCCCUCAGCAAGCCUUCCCUCAGCCAUCCUUUGGACCGGGACAGAUCUACAACGGGAGCAGGCCGGGGAGCUCUGCUGGACACGGCGGCCAACAGCAGUACCAGCAGCAACAGCAGCCAUACGGCGCAGGCUACGCUGCCGGGCCCAACUACUGAGGCCUGCCGAACUGAGAAACUGAGCUGCAGUUUCUUCUCCCCGUCUACACGCCGCGAUACCCCUUGACCUGCGCGUCGUUCCGAAUCGUCUUCUCCUUGCCUGUUUGAUAUCCUGUACAGAUAUCCAUGGACCUCGAUGCCUCUCAGUCGAGAAAUACAUCGCCCGUUGCCAUGCC